AUGGUAUUCUCAAUACGCACCAUCCUCCAACCAUCCAUGGAAUUCUCUAUACGCACCAUCCGCUCAACAUCGAUGAUAUUCUCAGCAUCCACGACCCACCCACAACACCAGGUAUUCUCAACGCCCAGCAUCCGUCCACUAUCCUUGGUAUUUUCAAACACCCACCAUCCUCCCCCAUCCAUGGAAUUCUCAACAUUCACCAUCCUCCCAACACCCUCUCACCGUCCAUGGUAUUCUCAACACCCACCAUCCUCUCACGAUCCAUGGUAUUCUCAACACCCACCAUCCUCUCACGAUCCAUGGUAUUCUCAACACCCACCAUCCUCUCACGAUCCAUGGUAUUCUCAACACCCACCAUCCUCUCACGAUCCAUGGUAUUCUCAACACCCACCAUCCUUUCACCAUCCUCCCACCAUCCUUCCCCAUCCAUGGUAUUCUCAAAACCCACCAACCUCCCAGCAUCCUCCCACCAUCCUUCCCCAUCCAUGGUAUUCUCAACACCCACCAUUCUCCCACCAUCCAUGGUAUUCUCAACACCCACCAUCCUCCAACCAUCCUCCCACCUUCCUUCCCCAUCCAUGGUAUUCUAAACACCCACCAUCCUCUCACCACCCUCCCACCAUUCAUGGUAUUCUCAACACCCACCAUCCUCCCACCAUCCAUGGUAUUCUCGACACCCACCAUCCUCUCACCAUUCAUGGUAUUCUCAACACCCACCAUCCUCCCACCAUUCAUGGUAUUCUCAACACCCAGCAUCCUCCCACCAUCGAUGGCAUUUUCAACAUCCACGACCACGACCCUCUCACCAUCCAUGGUAUUCUCAACACCCACCAUCCUCGCACCAUUCUCCUAUUAUCCUCCCUCAUCCAUGGUAUUCCCAACACCCACCAUCCUCCCAUCAUCCUUGGUAUUCUCACCACCCACCAUCCUCUCACCAUCGAUGGUAUUCUCAACACCCAAGACCCGCUCACCAUCAAUGAUACUCUCAACAUCCACGACCCACCCACAACCCCUGGCAUUUCCUUUCAAACACUCAUACGCACACAUAUCUAUCUAUCUAUCUAUCUGUCUAGAGAGCUAUCUAUCUAUCUAUCUAUCUAUCUAUCUCAGCCUGUUCAUAUCUCUCUAUCACAGUCUUUUUAUAUCGUUCUAUUCUAUCUAUCGCAAACUAUUCAUUAUAACACUAUCUAUCUAUCUAUCUAUCUAUCUAUUUCAGCCUAUGAUUUCACUCUCUCUCUCUCUCUCUCUCAGCCACCUCCUCUCUUUUACUUUAUCACUCUCACCUUCUUUUCCUUGGUUCUCUUUGCUGCUGCUACUGUCAGCGCCUCCUCCUCCUCUUCUUCUUCGUCCACCUCCACCUCUUCCUCUUCCUGGAGCCUCUUGUGCCGCUUCUCCCACUCUUUCGAAUUUCUCUGCGCCCUGCUUCCCAAAUUUAUUUCCCCUCUUUCUCUUGCCGUCGCUACAGCGACCACCACUGCUUGUUCUGCCACGUUUACAGUCGCUACUGCAACUACUGCUUUUGCUGGUUUUUCGUCUUUUUCGAUAGCCUCCCUUCCAACUUGUGACUCUAUCUUCCUUGUUGAGGUUUCUUCGUCUCCUUCUCCUCCCAAUGGUCCUCCUGUUCCUGACGGUAUUUCUAUUUUAAUUCCUUUAAUUUCAUCUCUUGGUUUUCAUAAAUCCAUCUACUUCCUCCCCAUCGAGUUUUCACUGACUCAGAGUUUUCUUUCUUUCUUUCUUUCUUUCUUUCUUUCUUUCUUUCUUUACUCUUUUCCCUCUCGCUCAAUCUCGCUCUCUCUCUCUCGCCCUCAAACCAUUUCUUCUCUUAAUGCCCUCUUUUUCCCAAACCUGCCGCAGCGUUUUGUUUACCUAUUUCUGUUCAACAUUAUAGACAAACUAGCGAGGACGUAG